UUCCAUUGCAUUUUUUAAUUGCAUAGUUGCAUUGUAUUGAUUUAGUUUUUAUAUAUUGAUUAUUUUUAUUUUUUAGGAAGAUAAGGCGUCCUGAAAUGUGAUGGCAUCUGGAAAUGUGACCUUUGUAAAGGACUUUUUUAUUGUAGGUUUUCCUGGACUCCCCCCGAGCUACUAUGGGCUUGUAUCGGGAGUUAUGUUUCUGGUUUAUUUGUGCAUCUUGAUGGGAAAUGGAUUAUUUCUUUUUCUCUUUGCGACAGAGAAAAGUCUACAUAAACCUGUAUAUUAUACUUUUUUAAGUCUGGUCAUAUCUGAUGUGCUUUUCAGCACAAGCACUUUACCAAAGGCUAUAGCUAAGUACUGGUUUCAAGAUGGAAGUAUUUCGUUUUUGGGAUGUUUUAUUCAGAUGUAUUUUGUGCAUUAUUUAGGAACAGUUAAUUCGUUCGUAUUGGCGUUAAUGUCUAUAGAUCGAUAUGUAGCUGUCUGUAAACCCCUUCGGUAUCACACCAUCAUGACCAAUAGAAAUGUAUUCAUUCUGAGCCUGAUAGCCUGGCUUGUGGCUAACACCUCCCCUUUAAUGAUGUCCAGCCGAGCUUUUCCUCUCCCUUACUGUGGAUCCAACUCAAUUCUACAGUGUUACUGUGAUCACAUAUCAAUAACUCGACUGGCGUGCACCGACCGAGCUCCGUACUCUGUUCCAGCUCUAAUUUCCGCACUGAUAGCUCUGCUGGGAUCUCUCGCCAUCAUCAUUUUCUCCUAUUUCUGCAUCGUUAUAGAAGUUUUACGCAUCUCAAACUCCGGGGGACGUCUAAAAACUCUCUCCACCUGCACCUCUCAGCUGAUCAUAAUCUCUUUAUACUUUUUACCCAGGUGUUUUAAUUAUUUGGCCGCAAAUAUUGGUCUCACCUUCAAUGCUGAUUUGCAAAUAGCCAUUGUCAUGUUGUACAGCUUGUUGCCGCCCAUGAUCAACCCACUGAUUUACUGCUUCAGGACGCAAGAGAUAAAAAAGAUCUUAAUGGCAAAAUACCAGAAGAAUAAAAUUAGCUUGCCUUAAUAAAUAAAAAAAUAUAUUAUAUUAUCAUUUUAGUUUAAUUUGUAUGAACCCAGUUGGAGUCAGUUUCCCCAGACAGGGAUUUUGAAUGUGUAUUUUUUUUUUUUAUUAAAAAGGAAAAUAUAAUAUACAGCUAGGCUUAAUCCAUGAUGCUUGAUUCCAGAACACUAUGUACUAUAUAUAUUUAUAUUCAGAAAUCACAGGUUGAUCCAGUGUCUACACUGAGAAAGAUAAAUAGAUAGACGAAUUGUUUUUAGAUCAGGGUCAUUAAUACACAGUUAAUUGAUUAAUCAAUUAAGGCCUACAUUUUUGCCCGGCUAAGAAUUAAUAUAUAUUUAAUCAGUCGAAAAAUAAAUAUAUGACUGUAAUCAUAAACAUAAACAUGCAAAUUUGUAGGUUUGUAGUUUGGAGUCCACAGCAAAAAUUUUGGAAUAAUUCAUUUAUAGAAUGUAUUUGUAGACUGUAAAUAAUUUAAUUUAAUGUUUUGUAAAUGUAAUUUAAAAAAUAUAUGAAAAAAGAAUAAA